GAGCCACCGUACCGAGACACAUUGGAGCUGGAAUACAGUCACUUAUGACUCGAUUAUGGUUAGAUUUCUGCUUAUUUGAUCAAAUACAAGGUUAUUUAUUUUCCAGCGUGAGGUCUACAGUUAUAUUUAUUAAUGAUGUCACGGCAGCGUUUCGUCUUAUUAGGUAGCUAGAUAGUCUCAUAUUUAUUAUUGCGCUGCCAACCCUUGUUCCUUUCCUGUGUCAAUGAUUGUCCUAUCCUCACUCUUAUGGCGGAGACUAAAAUAAUAUAUCACAUUGACGAGGAGGAGACUCCUUAUCUAGUGAAAUUAUCAGUUUCUCCUGAGAAAGUCACUUUAGCGGAUUUUAAAAAUGUCCUCAACAAUCGUCCAGUCAAUAGCUACAAAUUCUUCUUCAAAUCCAUGGACCAGGAUUUUGGGGUUGUCAAAGAGGAGAUUUCCGACGACAACGCCAAGUUGCCCUGCUUCAACGGGAGAGUGGUGUCCUGGCUGGUCCUGGCAGAGAGCUCUCACUCUGAUGGGGGGUCCCAGUGUACAGAGAGCCACCCAGAGCUGCUACCCCCCCUGGAGAGAACAGGGGGCAUCGGUGACUCCCGCCCACCCUCCUUCCAUGCCAAUGCGGUGAGCAGUCGGGACGGCCUGGACACAGAGACGGGCACAGAGUCCCUCCUGAGCCACCGUAGGGAGAGGGAGAGAGAACGUGCACGGAGGAGAGCACGAGAGACUGAAAUCCCUCGUAUCAACGGCCACUCUAAGUCGGAGCGCACAGCGAGGGACUCUGCCAUGGGCUACGACAGUGCCUCAGUAAUGAGCAGUGAACUAGAGUCCAGCUCCUUCGUCGACAGUGAGGAAGAUGAGGACGCUAGCAGGGGUGCUGCCCUGCGGCUGACCCUGUGCUGCUCCCAACCUGCAGUACUCAGCAGCUCCACAGAGCAGAGCUCGUCCUCUCAGCUGAUGCGCAGACACAAACGCCGCAGACGGAGGCACAAAGUAGCCAAAAUAGACCGGUCUUCGUCUUUCAGCAGCAUCACCGAUUCCACUAUGAGUCUCAACAUCAUCACUGUCACACUCAACAUGGAGAAGUAUAACUUCCUGGGUAUCAGUAUCGUAGGGCAGAGCAACGACCGGGGAGACGGGGGGAUCUACAUUGGCUCCAUCAUGAAGGGAGGAGCUGUAGCUGCAGACGGCAGGAUAGAACCUGGAGACAUGCUCCUACAGGUGAACGAUGUGAACUUUGAGAACAUGAGCAACGAUGACGCUGUGAGGAUCCUGAGAGAGAUCGUCUCCAAAACAGGUCCUAUUAGUCUUACUGUGGCCAAGUGUUGGGACCCGUCUCCACGAAGCUACUUCACCAUCCCCCGGGGUAAGAAACUCACCGGUGUUCCACCAACAACAGCUGAACCAGUGAGGCCCAUCGACCCUGCUGCCUGGAUCUCCCACACAACCGCCCUGACCGGACCCUACCCACACUACGAAUUUGACGACUUGCCGUUAUCUGCGAGUAAGACGGACAUGUCAACCAUCGUCAAGGUGAUGCAGCUGCCUGACUCUGGUCUGGAGAUCCGGGACAGGAUGUGGUUGAAGAUCACCAUCGGCAACGCUGUCAUCGGUGCUGACGUGGUGGACUGGCUCUACUCGAGGGUGGAGGGCUUCAAGGACAGGAGAGAUGCCAGGAAGUAUGCCAGCAGUCUGCUGAAACAUGGCUACCUGAGACACACCGUCAACAAGAUCACCUUCUCAGAGCAGUGCUACUACACCUUCGGAGACCUCUGCCAAAACAUGGCGUCUCUCAACCUGAACGAGGGUUCCAGUGGUGGGGGCUCUGAGCAAGACACCCUGGCCCCCCUCUCUCCCCCUGUCACCAACCCGUGGCCCCUGGGGGGUCAGCCAUUCCCCUACCCCCCCUUCCCCUCCGCACCUCCAGGCUUCCCUCCAGGCUACUCAGACCCCUGCCACAGUUUCCACAGUGGGAGUGCUGGCAGCCACAACAGUGAGGGAAGCAGAAGCAGUGGAUCCAACCCCAGUGCGGGGACAGGGAAGGGCCCUAGCCGACGCUCCUCCCCACAAGAGAAGGGUCACAGGUCCCCAUGCAGUGAAUCCGAGCCACCGGGCAUCCUAGGGGCGAGGCGCCCUGGCGAUAGGUCCGCCAGCCAGCUCAGUCAUCACAGCAGCCACGCCCCCUCCAGCCACAGCCACACCCGCUCGGGUGUCAGCCACGCCCAGUCUCACAGGAGCCACGGUCACUCACAGAACAGCCACGCCCACAGCCACGCCUCCUUCACCUACAAACAUGUCCCUUUCACCCAACCUGGGCUCGGCUCGUGUGGCCACAGUGAGCGAAGCCACGCCUCCUCCUACGGCCCCCCAGGCCUGCCCCCCCCAUACUGCCUGGCCCGGCUGGCCCCAAAGACCUCCGUCAGCAGCAGCACCCCUCCCGGGGCCCCCCCGGUACGGGAGCUAGGAGCCGUCCCCCCUGAGCUCACGGCCAGCCGCCAGUCCUUUCAGCACGCUAUGGGCAAUCCCUGUGAGUUCUUUGUUGACAUCAUGUGACAGACAGGACAGUGCCUUUUAAAAACUUGCCGAGCACAAACAAUUAUCCCGUCCAACUGCCUGUCUGUCCGUCACGCCUCUCCUUUUCUUCUUUACCCCUCUGCUACUGACUAUCCCUUGAGAAUGUAGACACUGAUCCUCUCCCCUCCCUCCCUCUGAUGUCGGAGCAGAGGAGGACAGGAGACAAGAGCACAACAGAACAGAAGAGAGUCCUGCUAUCACACUAACACACAGAGCUCCUUUGUAUUGACGUGACAUGUACAGUUUGUAAAAUCGAUGUGAGUGGUGUUCAAUAUGGUGAUCCUUGUGAGCUGCCACACAGACAGUCCAGUCCUGAGAGCGUGUACUUACUCUAUGUGGAGUACGACUACCUGCUGUUUGUAGAACCAGACGUCCAGGCCAACUGACUGGGUCUGGAUCUCAAUCCCCCAGACCCAGAGCUCUGGAAGAGGGAAGCCCCACAGGCUCUAGACUCCGGGCAAGCCUCCUGGCAUGUCACCCUUUACACAAACGUCCACUAUUUAGCCAAUAAUACCAAAACUCCUGCUCUAACUGACUGACAUGCUUUCUUAUCCGGUAUGCAGGGGGACCAUGACAUAUUCUAACUAGUCAAAGCUAGCCUCAGCCCAUUUGACAGCCUUGUAUUUGUCCAACUUUAUAAGGGAGGCACUGUAGCCAGUUGUUAGUUUAAAUUUGGGGGGUAGUGCCUCUUGCCAACGGUUUAAAGGGAGAAUCCAUACACUGGAUAAUCUUUUUGACAUUUAUGUGACCAUGAUGUUGCAUUGACGGUCAGUGUCAUACCUCUCUCUAUGACUGACUGACACAUAGACAAUCAGUCAUUGUCUCCCUCUCUGUGACUCAGUGGCCAGGUUAUGGCCACUGUCCUAGCUGUGCUUUGUCGAAUGUAUCAUUAUUAAUGCAGUCAAUUGACCCGUGACCUCCACAACAGACUUAUGUUUGAGGUCUACUACCUGAAACAGAACUAAGCUGAUCAUCACCAGUUAAAGACAACAGGGUCGCUUAAAGUGGAUGGAUGUCCCCCUCCAGUCAUCAGUGUUGACUGAAACAGAGAUAACCAAAGCUUCACACAGUGAGGUGUGUAGUUCUGUACAGUGUAGGUAUUGUUCUGUGAUAUCACCAGAUGAUUUCUGAUUAAAUUUCAGCCCUUAAUUCUAAAAUUAUUAUUGUGAAACAAAUUGAUAAAGCUGUGUUUGAGUCUACCGACAACACAGAAACGGUGUGGUGCAUAAGACCUUUCUGUCGCAGCACUCUCCUAAUUAUUUGAGCACUUUUUCAUUGUCUCGCUCUCUCUCUCUGGCCCUUUAGUAUGAAACACUGUUUGCAAUCAAAGCUUUGUCCGUCGUGUUGUUUCUUUACAAAAAGAGGAAUAAAUUGUACAUAGAAAUGUAUUAUAUAUAAGAAUAAAAAUAUAUGUACAAAGAU